UUUCUUUCUUGGGCUCGCUGGCUGGAUUUAGUCGGAAAGCAGGCAAGAGAAGAGGGGAAGUACGGAGCUGAUCCGGAGCAAUGAUGGAGCUGGAGACGGCCAGUAACAGAGGCGACCCGGGAACCGUGGGAGACUCGCUGCAACCGCAGACGCCGAGCAGGCACGAGAAGAGCCUGGGCUUGCUCACGACGAAGUUCGUCACUUUAUUACAAGAGGCGAAGGACGGAGUCCUGGAUCUGAAAGCUGCUGCAGAUACCUUAGCUGUGCGACAGAAACGGCGGAUCUAUGACAUCACCAACGUGCUGGAAGGUAUUGGUCUAAUAGAGAAGAAAUCCAAGAACAGUAUCCAGUGGAAGGGUGUCGGUCCGGGCUGCAACACCAGAGAAAUCGCUGAUAAGCUGAUUGAUCUGAAGGCGGAGCUGGAUGACCUGGCUCUCAGGGAACAUGAACUGGACCAGCAGCGCGUCUGGGUCCAACAGAGCAUCAAAAAUGUCACAGAUGACUCCAACAACAGCCCAAUGGCCUAUGUGAAACAUGAAGACCUCUGCAGCGUUUUCAAAGGUGACACACUAUUAGCCAUCCGUGCACCCAGAGGUACACAGCUGGAGGUGCCUAUGCCUGAAGCUAUCCUCAACGGACAGAGAAAGUACCAAAUCCGUCUAAAGAGUACAUCUGGUCCAAUUGAAGUGUUGCUGGUCAACAAGGACCCCUCCAGUGCCUCUCCUGUGGUGUUGCCCGUCCCGCCUCCAGAUGAUGUCCUUCAGAACCUCCCAGCGCCGACCCCCACCUCCCAGCCGCCGGCUGCUGCCUCUCAGAUUCCCAAAGCUCCUCCAGCUGCUGCGUCUAAACCAGCUCUCCCCACAACCGCAGUUCCUGCAGCUAACCAGACGAUGCAAGAGGCGGCAACUUCUGCUCUACAAACCCCCAUGACAGAAGCUGCUGCAGCGGUUACCCAGCAGCUGCAGUCGUCUGCCUCCUUGGAUGGAUCUGCAUCAUCCACCGCCUCCGCUGCAUUUGAGCCGAUGAAAUCGGAGCCAUCUCUAUUGCCAGAUUUUCCUAAAGAGCUUUCCGACAUGUUUGAUCCAACAAAAGAAAUCAUAAGUGGAGACUUGUUAGAGGACUUGAUGUCAUCAGAAGUGUUCUCGCCUCUCCUCCGUCUAUCCCCCCCACCCAGCGACCACGACUACAUAUACAACCUGGAUGAGACGGAAGGCCUCUGCGACCUCUUUGAUGUGCCUAUCCUCAACCUCUGACCUUUAAACUCAUUCUCUCUCAACUUUUGCCUCACCCCGGAUGAAAAAGAGACGCGGUUCAAGGACACCCGUCUGCAGCUCACAGAGCAGCUGGCUGCGCAGACGUGCAGGCGAGAGCGAAACCUUUUACCUGCUGUUUUGUUUUGUUUUUUAAAGAGAAAAAGUCAAAGUUCUAUUUUUGUGUAUAAAACAGUUUGUAUCAACCAGGAGCAAAUGUUAAAGACGGCGUGGUCGUGUGUUUGAAAGGACGAGGUCAGGUGGUCGCAACUCACGAGUCCCAGCAAACCGCCAAAAUAUGCACUGUCCUUAUGUACAUAGAGAAUAUUUAUAUUUUGUAAUAAAGCUGACAUCACUAUUGUUUGGUAACCGUAAUUCAUUUUAAACAAUAAAAUCACCACACUCAUGCCAUUAUGCCCUUUUUAUGACAUGAGGAUGAAACUAUUCGGAGGUAAAGUGCCGUUGAUCCAUUCAGAGGAGCUGCAAGCCAGUAAACUAUCAAAGACAUGCAGGGAUAUUUAGUAUUAUUUUACCUCAAACCAUUUUAAAAAUCAGAUAUCACCUUGGUAAAACUUUAUGCUCUGGUUACUUUGGUGCAGCGUCUUUUUAAAGAGCAUUUCUAAAGAAAGCGGCUCAAAUCUGCACCCAGUGUCCCGGAGAAUGAGGUCAAAUCGGGGUCAGCUUACAGCCAAUGAAAAACCAGACUGUAAAUUUGAUUUUAAAAAGAAUUUGAAAACUGUUUUAAGAAUUGAAAGUACACAUUGUAAAACUUCAAAGGAAGUAUUGAAAAGGUAAAAAAAAAAACGUUACUUUGGGAAAAAAUACAUUGUUAAACUUGAAAGAAAUACGAAAAUUUUGAAUUAAAGAAAACCAUAAAACUAAAACUGAUGCCAAAUGAGAAAAAAAACGGUUUGGCUUGUAAAAACUGCUGUUUUUUAUUUUUAAAUGAAUAUUUCUUCAUCACUCUUCCUCUUCACUUUCAGUCCUCAACUUACAGUUUCAAUUCAGAUUUUUCUCCUUUUUUUAACUUUCAAAUUAACUUUUUUUAAUACAAAUUUUCAAUAUUUCUUUUAAGUUUAAAAAGAAUAUUUUUUUAGUUUAAAACUUUUUUUAAAUUUCCUUCCAAGUUUACGAUGUGUACUUUAGAGUUUUAAACUUUUUGAUUUGACUUUUUAUCUGAAAUGUAAAGGAGUCUUUGUUUAAAGUUUACAAUCUGGUUUUUCUUUCACUGUAAGGCGAUUCUGAUUUGACGCCAUAGAGGAGCUCAAAAGAACGACACAAAGCUGGACUUGUGGAUGAGUGAUUACUAAAACUGCACCUUUCAUAAAUGAACGACAGAAAAAGGGCCUGUAGUAAAAGCCUCUGUUAAUAAUAAACGCCACUUUACUCGCUUUCUGUGUGGCUCACACAGUAAAUGUUACUUUCAUAAAAUGGGCUUUUUUUCUGUAUAUGUGGCUCAGAGUCUUGUUUAGUUUUCGUCUUCUUUCUGUUUAUGGAUGUGUAAAUUCUGCAUGUCCCUCCUAAUGUCCCCCCCCCUUGCAUUCGGGCCGUUCCAUCACGGUUGUUGUCGCUCCCCUGGCACUGAUGGAUUCACACUCGUGUUUUUACAGUGUUUGCUGGUGCAAAAAUCCUCCGUGUACAUUUUUGCUCCGACUGAUGUCUCUGUAUGUAAAGGAUGGACUGUGUAUAUCACUCUCAAGCUUGUAUAGAAUAGCUUUUAUUUUUUAUAUCAGCUAGAAUUGUUAUUACAUGAUUGUUGCUACUAAUUUGGGACUUUACUUUCAAGGUCAACCAAUUCCCUGAUAAAACUCUCAUGCCUUGCCAAAGUGUCCCGUCUCAUUGUUGCACUUUGUUUAUCUGGUUUUGAGAAGCACUGCAGUCAAUAAAUCCUUCCUCUGCAGGUUUUUA